AUGUCGUACAACCCGUACCAGCAAGGCCCGUCGGCUGAGCAGGGUUAUGAGUAUGGCCAGGACCAUGAAAUGCAAAGCUACCCCCAACAGUCGCAGACACUGCCGCAGCAGGAGUUCCUCGGUCGCAUUGAUUUCCUUCGCAACGAGAUCGGCACCCUGACCAACAAUGUCCAAGCCAUUGCCUCCCUACACCAGCGGUCGCUCGCCGAGGCCGACAGCGGUACAUCCGCCCAGCAACUCGAACGCAUCAUUGCCGAGACCCAGAGUCUGAACGCCGGUAUUCGCGACCAGCUCAAAUUCCUCGCCAACGACGCCCACAGGACGACCGACGGCAGCCGCGCCGUCAAGGACCGCCAAAUCAGCACCAUCAAGGCACAGUUCGAGCGUGAACUACAGGCCUAUCAACAAGAGGAACGCUCCUUCCAAUCACGAUACCGUGAUCAGAUUGCUCGCCAAUAUCGCAUAGUAAAUCCUGAUGCGACCGAAGACGAGGUCCGCCAGGCGACUGAAGCCGAUUGGGGUAACGAGGGUGUCUUUCAGACAGCGCUUCGCACCAACCGGACUGGUCAAGCGUCGUCCGUACUCGGUGCUGUCCGCGCCCGCCAUAACGAGCUUCAGCGCAUUGAGAAGACGCUCAUGGAGUUGGCCAGUUUGUUCCAGGAUCUCGCUGUCUUAGUCGAGCAGCAGGAGGUACCCAUAGUACAAGCCGAGCAGAACGCCGAGGACACGAACAAGAACCUGUCUCAGGGUAACGAGCAAGUCAAGAAGGGCAUUAUUAGUGCCCGAAACGCCCGCAAAUGGAAAUGGUGGUGCUUGCUUAUCACUAUCCUUAUCAUCGCCGUCGCGGUUGGUGUCGGUGUCGGUGUAACACAAGCUCAGCAGGCAGUUUCAGGGAACUAA